AUGCUGGGGAUUAUAAGGCGCAAAGUCGCUUCAGGCGCCUCUUCUUCCUUGAUUCGAAGGAGAUCAAUACAUUCAUGUCGAUCUGCGCUUUCUGAACCCAGAGCGUGCAAUGCUGUGCAAGGACAGCCACAAAUGAAUCGUUCUCAUGAACUUUCUUAUCUUACUUUGUCUGGAAACUCAAUUGUUUCAAGGCCAGCAAGAGCAAGCAAGACCAGCUUCCAGCCUAUGAUAUCAUGGCAGAUGCAAAACCGGAGCUUCUGUUCCAACGGAGGUGAUCUGGUUGAUGCUGUUGUGCCAUUUAUGGGAGAAUCAAUUACGGAUGGAACAUUGGCUACCUUCUUGAAGAAACCUGGGGAAAGAGUUGAAGUUGACGAACCAAUCGCACAGAUCGAAACUGACAAGGUUACUAUUGACGUUGCUAGCCCCGAAGCUGGUGUAAUUAAAGAGUUUGUGGCUAAGGAAGGGGAUACUGUUGAACCUGGUACAAAGAUUGCAAUUAUUUCAAAAUCUGGUGAAGGAUUUGAGCCUGCUGACCAUGUUGCUCCAUCUGAGAAACCUUCCGAAGAAACUGCUCCUCGUGCGCCUCCUGCGGAAGAGAAAAAAGAGCAAAAGGUGGUGGAAUCACCAGCUGUGAAGCCAAAGCAAGAGGAAAAGCCAAAACCUUCAGUGAGUUCUCCGGCUCCCUCAAGGACCUCUGCUACAGAGCCUCAGCUUCCUCCAAAAGAAAGGGAAAGACGAGUUCCAAUGACAAGGCUGAGAAAACGAGUUGCUACACGCUUAAAGGAUUCUCAGAAUACUUUUGCUUUGCUGACAACAUUCAACGAAGUUGACAUGACAAAUUUGAUGAAGCUUCGGUCAGAGUACAAGGAUGCCUUCGUUGAAAAGCAUGGGGUGAAGCUAGGUCUUAUGUCUGGUUUUGUGAAAGCUGCUGUUAGUGGACUCCAAAACCAACCUAUAAUAAAUGCUGUCAUUGAUGGUGAUGAUAUAAUCUAUAGAGAUUAUAUAGACAUCAGUAUCGCCGUUGGAACAUCAAAGGGCCUCGUUGUUCCAGUCAUUCGUAAUGCUGAUCAGAUGAACUUUGCUGAGAUUGAGAAGGAGAUCAACAAGUUGGCCAAGAAAGCGAAUGACGGAACUAUCUCAAUUGAUGAGAUGGCUGGAGGUUCCUUCACCAUUUCAAAUGGCGGUGUUUAUGGGAGUCUUUUGAGUACACCAAUCAUCAACCCUCCUCAGUCUGCGAUUCUUGGUAUGCAUUCGAUUGUGAAUCGUCCAAUGGUCGUUGGAGGUGAAAUUCUUCCAAGACCGAUGAUGUACGUCGCUCUUACCUAUGACCAUAGGCUCAUUGAUGGCAGAGAGGCCGUACUUUUCCUGAGAAGGAUCAAGGAUGUGGUCGAGGAUCCCCGUAGGUUGCUGCUCGAUAUUUGA